AUGCGUCUCAUGGCUGUUGGAGGAGGAAUCAUUCCCAUCUCGUUGGGGGGAUUGAUCUCAUCCGAGCCCAUCGAAGUGUUCCAACUGCCACUGCCACCUGUUGUGCCAACCGACGAGAUUGGCGCCUGUACUCAACAUCUGAAUCCGCACGGAACAGGAUGUAUGGGCAAAUCAUCCCUGAUGAAUGGCGGGGACUUCUCGCCGGACGGGAACCACGUCCUCGUCAGCUUGAAUUUCACCGGGGCACCGUCAGCCCCAGACCCCGCCAGCAUCUACACUGGCGUGCAACUGAUCCUGGUCAGCACCAACGGGACUAAUUUCUCUACUGGAAGCCCGUGGAAAUGCCUGACGUGCGGUGUCCCGGAGAGCAAUAAAGGGAGCAGUUCGUCGCUGGCCGACUAUCCGCAAGCCUUCUCCGACGGCAAACGAGCCCUAGCCGGCAACAACAUCGUCGAAUGUCGAUCUGGCCUGCUGGCCAGUGAGGCAUGCACUCCGGACCAGAUCCACAUCUAUCCCAUCCGGUUAAGCAACACGGCCGACGAAUCCGGGUCUGGAGCCAUCAUCCGGGAGCUGCGCUUGCACCCCGACAAUGUCCACCUGGGUUUCAACUCCUUCUCCAUUACCGGAUCGGGACAGCUCAGCCAACACGCCUAUUUCGGUCGACUGCAGUUCAGCGACUCCCCUGCCACCGGUUCCCCUCGCACCGCGCGAUAUGACCUCGUCAACGUAACCGUCCUGGUUGCACCAAAUGGUCCCCUUCCUUAUACUGUCGCCGGUGAUCAGCUGCAGAUCAACCGCCAGGCAUUGGUGGUGGGGGAGUUUCGGGGCUUUGCCAGUCGCGGACAAGAAGUCCUGUACAUUGGAUUCCCCUGGGAAUCCUGCAACAUCGAUCUCUUCGCGGCCGACUUGACUACUGGCCGGGUGCGCCGGGUGACAACGCACCCAGGCUAUGUGGACCCGGUGGGGGUCUCUCCGGAUGGCCGCUGGCAGGUGAUCCUGGACACGCGGGGCACCGAUCGGAUGGAGUUUCUGUCUGCCAUGCGCGGGGUCCCUCCUGUGGUCGACCUGCUGACGGUCACUACGGUCGCAUCGGUGCGCAACAAUGGCGAUCGACGAUUCUUCCAGCCGUGGCUGCUGGACGCCCAGGGAGACCGCGAUGGUCCUGACUACCACUACUACGGCCAACAAAUCAAUGCUGGCGGGGACGGCCAGCCGGGCAGCAUCAACGACCCCAACUGGAACGCCGGCGCUGAUCCCCGCUGGUGUCCGGAUGGCACGCGCAUCAUGUACUGGCAGAAGAUGGUCGUGCCCCCUGCCUGUGGGGGGAUCAAUCCCCUACCAUGUCCCAAGUCGACGGAGCCAGGCGGCCGAACCUCGCGUCUGAUGAUGGCGCGACUCACCAGUCGCCAGCCCUACCAUCUCGACCCCGUGGAGCCGUUCGCCGAUAGAGUCCCCUGGGGCCUCCCUUACACCCCUGGCGGGAGCGUGCCAGAAGUCUUCAACCUAUCCCCGGGCAACUAUACGCUACACGGGCAAGUCUCGGGCUCAGCGGACGUGAUUCUUCGCAAUACUAAGACUGCGUCGGCGCUUGACUUUGUCGCUGUCACGUACCAUAACUACUCCGACGAUGGCGUGCAUUAUAUCCAGGGCCACGAGUCGGUGGCCUCCACCUUUUUGUCGGUCACAUCGGCCCGGCUGGAUUGGUAUUCGAAUCUGACAGCCACGGGGGCGGGGGCCACAUCCAGCACCAAGGUCACUGGACCAGGGGGGUUUCACGUCGUCGACGAUGCCAUGCUCAAUGUGUUCGUGGCCAACGGGACCCUCGUCACGACGGUGGACGGGGUGGUGUACAAGCAGCCUUUGACCGGGACGUGA